AUGCCGCUCUCGCGCCUCCUGUUCGGCCUCAGCUGGCUUCUGCUGCCCGUAGCCCUGUGCGGGACCACAUGGCUGUACUGGUAUCCCUUGUUCCACGGCUGCGCGUUCCCUCAGCCCACCGACACGUCGCUCCCACUGCUCGCGGCGCAGGCGCCCUUCCGUCUACUCGCGCUCGGUGACCCGCAGCUCGAAGGCGACUCGUCACUGCCGGACCCCAAUGCGCCCGUUUUCCCAUCGCUCGAGCACGUGGUCAGCGACGUGCGCAAUGCCCACUUCGAACUCUCCCGCGUGCAGGACAUUGUGCUCGCGGCGGCCAAGGGGGCGGUGCAGGACGCGGGCGCAUGGCUCGAAGGCCACCGCAAGGCCGUCGACCUCUGGGGCAACGACUGGUACCUGGCGCAUAUCGUGCGCAGCCUCACGUGGUGGACCGAGCCCACGCACGUCAGCGUCCUGGGCGACUUGCUGGGCAGUCAGUGGAUCACCGACGGCGAAUUCGACGCGAGGGCUGCCCGCUACUGGCGCACCGUCAUGCGCGGCCUGCACAAGGUGCCCGACGCCACCAUGGGCGUCUACGUCGAGAGCGACCACUACGACGAGCCUGAAGAUGACCGCAAGAAGACGUGGGGCGGCACCACAGAGACGCUCGGCGCCGACAAGGCAUGGGCACGGCGUGUCAUCAACAUUGCAGGCAACCACGAUAUUGGCUACGCUGGCGACAUUGACGACGCCAGGGUGGAGCGCUUUGAGCGAGCCUUUGGGAGCGUCAAUUGGGACCUGUGGCUCACCCUGCCACCCUCGGAUGCACCAGAGUCUUUGGAGAACGAGCAACCACCAGCCCACAGCACCACCCCUUCCGAAAUACCAGAGGAACAACCGCCAGCCCUCCGCCUUGUCAUCCUCAACACUAUGAACCUCGACACUCCCGCCUGGACCGAUACCCUCCAGGCCGAAACCUACGCCUUCAUGAACCAUGUCAUCUCCACUUCGCGCCCCGUCACCGACAAGACACACGCCACCAUUCUGCUUACACACAUCCCCUUGCACAAAGAACCUGGCGUCUGCGUCGACAGUCCCUAUUUUGACUUUUUCGAGGGAGGCACAGGGAUUCGGGAGCAGAACAUGCUGUCUGAGCAUGGGAGCAAGAUUGUAUUGGAAAGCAUCUUCGGUCUGAGUGCGAACAAAGAUGCAGAGGGUGCCGGACUGGGUCGACGCGGUAUCAUCAUCAACGGACACGACCAUGAAGGCUGCGAUGUUGUUCACUACACUCGCCAGUUGGGUACAGAAAGCCCCUGUGACCCGGGCCAACUCGAACCGAAAGACGCCUAUUGGCCGACUCGAAUGGCAAACGACACAGAAAACAGCCUCGCCAGUGAUGAGGCCUUGGCUGCGAACAACGAAACUACGUCUGACGCUACUCACGAAGCCACACCAGAGGCUGGCUGGAAAGCACGCCGUUUCCCCGCUCUGUCCUACGACGUUGACAAGGACAAUACCUGCACUCACAUCCCCUCUUCCCCUCACCUCCGCGAGAUCACCCUGCGCAGUAUGAUGGGCGACUUCUCCGGUUACGCUGGUUUCCUGAGCGCCUGGUUUGACGCCUCGCUCGGUGAAAAAGGCGAAUGGGUCGUAGAAUUCAGCACAUGUGGAGCUGGUGUGCAGCAUUUGUGGUGGGCUGUGCAUAUUGUGGACCUUGUUCUUGUACUGGCUAUUCUUGGUGCCUUGGUCGCGAGGGGCAUAGAGGCGCUGAGAGAUGGGGAGGUGGUGGGUGCUGCGAACAAGGCAGAGGGUAGUCAUGGUGAUGUUGCGCCCCAUGCGAAAACGAUACGUAGACGAGAAAAGGUCGUGCAAGUCAGUAUUGAGCCCGGGGCUACGUCCUUGUCCACGACUACGCCGAGAAGAAGGUAG